AUGUAUAUCAACAAGAGAUGUGUUAUGUUUAACAAAGAAUUUGAUUGGGACGCCGAGAGGCAUAAAUUUUCAACAGUUUUUGAGGACAUCGACAUCAUUGUUGAAAUUGAUGAUGUUGGAGUUUUAGUGAAAUUAGACACGAAAUCAUAUUUGUAUGAAGUACGAAUGAAACUUGAGCGUAAUAAUAUAAUAGAAAUUACUAAUGUUAUUCAUUUUACGAAAAAUGAUGUGUUAAUUAGCCUUGAUGAUGAAAGUACGUAUAAAUUGAAUGAUAUUUUAGAUGGAAAUAAAAUCUUUCUUAUGAAGAACCCUAGGCCAAAUUGGCAAGUGUUGGUAAGAAAAUUUAAACUAGAAUAUGGACGCAAUUACGAUGAAGAUAAAGAUAAAGUGGCAGGGAAAAAAGCGUUCAUUAUUGAAAAUUGUGAAUUUAGUGUACUUGAGCCUAUUGAGCUUAACUUUCACACUUUAAUAAGUUCAUCCGUUAAUGAUUUAUCUAGAAAUAAAAACUUAUUUUUAAAAGCUCAAUUAGACAUUCCAAAUAUUGCGAACUUGGGUGUUUCAAUUGAACCAAAAAACAUUCAGCAGAAUAAAUCCAAAGAAACAUCUUUAAAAUUUGAGCUCAAAAAUAUUGUCAAGGCAAAUCUAUCUAUUACAAGGAUAGUACCCACACGGGAAUUUAAUGAUGCAGUAGAAAAAGCAUUCCAUUCAAAAGAUCCAAAUAUGCUACAAAAAAUUAUUGAAGAAUUUGGGCAAUUUAUUCCUACGGUUAUUUUAUUUGGUGGAAGACUCCAUUACAUGAAUACAGCAUACACAGAAAAGAAUUCAGAAAACAAUAAAAAAGCAUUUUCAGGAAACCUAAGUGUUUAUGGACAAGGUCUGGAAGCUCAAUAUAAACCUGAUGUAACAAAUAGAAAUGAGAAUACCAUACAAUUUCAAGACUCAGUUAUUUUUGGUGGUGAUAAGAUAAAAAUACUUCAGGGCAAGGAAAACGAUUGGAUAUUUUCAUUAGAAGACUUUAAGUAUUGGGAAAUAAUCGAAUUUCAUAAGCCAGUGAGCAUAUUUGAAUUUUUAGAUGAUGAUAAAAUUAGAAAAUUAAAUGUAUUAAAGGGUAAAAUGAUCAUUUAUUCUAAUGUUCAAUUUUAUAACUUUAAAAUGCAUGAUCGUAACAACGGAAGCGAUGUUGUCGACUUGAAGAUGCCCCAAAAUAUCGGAUCCAUUUUGUCUAAUAGAGAUAUUGAUCUGCAAGUUUUUUCUGCAGUGUCUAGCACGGAAGAAGAUGACACCAUAUUCACAUGCGUAUUAUAUACCCCACCUCCUUCAUAUAUUCCCAAAGUUAUUAUUAAUUGCAUUCAAUCUGAUUACGAACAAAAAAAAGAAUAUCAGCUUAAAAUUAGCUGGUUUGUUGUUGGGUAUGAUUUAAAUUUUAAUUCAGUUUUCGAUCCAACACAUUGUCUUCAAAGCGUUAAAAUAAAGCUAUGCUAUGAUUAUGAUUCUGAGUUCUCACUUGAAGCAAGUGAAGUACUCAAAAUACCCAUGAUGCACUCCACGGUACUAUAUUGUAUACCUGUGGUCUCUGAGUGGGAUGAUAGUUUCAAAUAUUCGAUCAUUGGCCAUCACUUUAAUAGACAUGAUGAUAAAGUUCGUGUACAUCUUUAUGGAUAUGAUUUAAGAAAGAAGGAAUGUUUAAGAAGUUCAGCUUUACGUAAUUUCAAUUUGAAUAUUCUCUAUCCGUCCAGUCAUCCAAAUUCCGAUAUAUUUAAUUAUUUCAGAAUAGAAAGAAACUCAUCUGUAAAAAAAAUGAGUUUAACUAAAAUGAUAAAAAACGUGAGAAAAAAUACUAGUAAUACUUCUAGUAAACUCUCAGGACUUAUCAGUUUGUACACGGAAGGAUACGAGAAACUUGACCAUGCAUUCAUCGGCAAAAAACAUGGUCGUUUUUUUAUUAUGAAUCCUGACAAACCUAUUCCUCAAUAUGAUCAUUUUUCUGUAGCAGUCUUUGAUCCUGAGAUUGAAGACUAA